UGAACCUGCGUGACAAAAUGAUCUAGAAAGUGAAAAACCACAAAAUCCAACAAUGGCCAAAAGACACGCUUCGAGUGUCAUUCAAUUGAAAGUUUACUUAUUUUUCCAGUUUAUAAAAAUCACAGAAGAAUCACAAUCCUCUUCAGUGUUUUCUUACAUUUCGUUAUAAAAUCAUGCAUUAAGAAAUCCAAUAACAAUGAAUUCAAUUUUUCUAUUAACCUUGAGUGCCCUAUGCAGUUCGGGACUUGCUUAUCAAGUCAACGAAAAGCAAGAAUCUUUUGUACCGAAGUUACCACUUCGACCUGGAGAUCUGUUGCGAAGCCUUGAUGCACUGAUUUCUGAUGCUCAAGUCAUCUACUCACCUCUCCAAGAGACACCUCCUCUGAAGUUAGCCCAACGAAGGGUCUAUGACGACGAUGAAUCUAACCAUGACAACCAGGAAUCUGAAUCGGAGUACGAUUAUGACAAAGCAUAUGAAAACUUUGUAAAUAAAUAUUUUGCUAAAGGAGAAGAAGAUUUAGAUUCUGAAGAUACGCAUGAUGGUAAUGAAAACGAUGAUGAUGGUUAUGAGGAAAAGGCUGAAGGAAUUGAAGAUGUAGCACCAUAUGGACAUUCGGAUGAAAUCGAUAAUGAUCAAAAAGACAAAGAAAAGUCAUCAUCGUCAGGAUCAAAGAAAUGUGAGAUGAUAAAAAUUGGUAAUCAAAAUUGUAAGGUCUGUGAAGAUCCAAGAUCCAAUGAAAAAUCCAAAACAUGUUCCUAUUCAUCCGACGAUAAACCCCAAAGUUAUGGCUACAGCAAACAAAGAUCAACCAAACACUCCAGCGAUGAUGAUGAUGAUGACGAAGACGAAGACGACGUCGAUGAUGAUGCUAGAGGUCCUAAAACUGGAAAAUCACUUAAACGUGAGACGUCUCUAAGCAACAAAUCAAAAUUCAAACCAAGAAGAACAAGCAUUGAGCACAUUUUAAAACCCUCAUCUCAUCUUGACGAUCUCACAAAGUGCACAAGAAAAUUUGAAGAUGGAAUGAUAUGUUUUUAUUGUUCAUCGACUUCGGAAAAUACUCGAGAAUGCAUAGUUGAUAAAAGUAAUUUGAAAAAACGUCGUUUAGAUGAGGCUUCAAAAAAGGACACAGCAACAAAGAAGAUUUUCAAACGAAUGGUAACUUAUUCGUUCAAAAAUGACGCAGCACCAAAGUUUAACGGGAACACCUAUUCAGCAUUUCAAGGAUAUUAG